ACAGGUUUUCAUUCCUUGGUUUCACAUUCAAGCAAAGAGCUACACAGAGCACAACGCCCAAGAUGGCCCAGAAGGACUACGAGAUCUUUAAACUCGGGGACUGGGAGCUUCAGAGUGGAGAGAGACUCACCGAUGCUCAUAUCGCAUAUAAGACGUUUGGGGAUCCCUCCUCUCCUGCCAUUGUCUACCCGACGUGGUUCUCUGGAGCUCUCUCGGACAAUUUCUGGUUAAUUGGAGAAGACAAAACACUCAACCCCAAGAAAUACUACAUCAUCGUCCCUGCACUCUUCGGAAACGGCCAGUCGUCCUCUCCGUCAAACCAACCCAAACCGGGUCCAUUUCCCUUCUGUUCUUUCUAUGAUAAUGUGCGGGCUCAAUAUGAGCUCGUCACGCGGCAGUUAGGCAUCACCCAUCUGCGUGCCGUUGUAGGAUGGUCCAUGGGUGCCGCUCAAAGCUUUCAAUGGGCGGUGCAGUAUCCAGACUUCAUGGAUCUGAUCGUCCCAUUUUGUGGUUCUGCGAGAACGGCUAUACAUAAUCAGGUUUUCUUGGAGGGCAUUAAAUCGGCCCUUCUUGCUGCGAAGAAACUUCCUUCGCCUCAGGUUGGUGUAGCCGGUGGUGGAGAACCUUAUCGGACUUGGACGGCUGAAGAGAAAGAAAUCGGACUCAAGGCAUUCGGUAGGGUUUAUGCUGGUUGGGGCUUUAGCCAAGCUUUCUACCGGGAGAGACUUUAUGAGACAGUACUAGGGUUCAAGGAUUUGGAAGAUUUCAUGCAAAAUUUCUGGGAGAAAUGGGCACUCUCUAAAGAACCGGAGAAUCUGCUCACGAUGACACUAACGUGGCAGCUCGGAGACGUAUCAAAGCAAGAACCAUUCAAUGGCAAUUUUGAAAAGGCGAUGGCGUCAAUAAAGGCCAAAACACUGGUUUUGCCAUCGAAGACGGACCUUUAUUUCCCUCCGGAAGACUCAGAGUACGAGAUGAAAUGCAUGGGACCCGGAAUCGGGAAGCUGGGUGUCUUCCCUUCCAUAUGGGGCCACUGGGCGGGAGGUCCUGGGGAUAGCAAAGACGACGUCGAGUGGCUAGACAAGCAAUUGGCCCAGUUCUUCGCAGAAAACUGAACGGAUAGUAUCAGAGAAGAGAUAAUGAGACAGGUGUUCCUAUAAGAACUUAUUAUUAAAUAUUCCAUACAGAACAGGAAACUCGGAAAGAGGAAGUCCAAUAAUUUCCAUCUUGUAACCCCCUAAUCCCUCGCUCAUUAUUCUUGCUGCAGAAAACGUUGCUUUAUCGUCUUCAUAUUAUCCUCGACUUCAGGAUAAUCCUCUAUGCACGGCACGCAGUUGUG